AUGUUGAUUCCGAUGAAUCAAGCGUCGACAGCCGUUAUACCAACAGAAAAUCGCAACGUGGCCAAGAGCUUAGACGAGUGGCAAAGCGCAAUGUCGAGCCAGUUAAAUCAAAUCGGAAUCGGCAAUUCAAAAGCAACAAAUCAACAAAAUAUUCAAGCAAGCAUCCUCUCACCAGCCCUAGUGAGCGAACAAGGAGGUCUAAUUUAUAUGACAAAUCUUAUCGGGGCGAGGAGCAGCGAGGACGGUCAGAUCGAACUUCCAAGCGUUUUUCUGAAUCCGAUGCAGAAGAAUAUUCCACUACGAAAGUCAGAUUCGCUGAUCGACGAGAGCAGCCGAUUUCAAGAAAUUACGCUACCCGAAAAGGAAACACAGGAAGAGUCACCGUCUACGAAUCCGACUAUGCUCACUCGGACAAUAACGAAUGGGAAGUCAACCCCCACCUCAACAGACAAAAACAUGAGCACGAUGCCGGCAAACGUCGAACUGGAGCCACCAGAAUCAUUCGUCGAAAGCGAGCAACCAACGAUGAACAACAACGACCACCAACAGCCAGAGCAAAGAAGCGAAGAAAAAUCAUCCACCCUCAGUCCGGAACAGAAGGAGAAGAUGCCGAACAACCCUUAUCCGACAUCGAAAAUUUUUGGAAAUGAUUUGACUGUUGAAGGUCCCUCUCAAUAUAGCGCUUUGGAUAUGAAAAAAUUCAAACGCUAUAAUAACAUGAUCAAUGUUCACCAGCCGUUUAUUUCAAAAUUCUCCAGAAAUCCUGUAAUUGCAACUGGACUUUAUACGACUCUUUUUGCUGAUAUUUGUGUUGCUUAUAUAAACGAUGCCUGGGAGAAUAAUCUUUAUCGCUAUAUUUUGGUUGUUGUGGAUGGACUUUCUCGUCAGUUAUUUGUUCGUCCUUUGUAUCAAAAAACUGCUGCUGAGACUUCUGAAAAUUUGGAAGAUAUUUUCAUGCAUAUGGAUAUGCCUGGACAGACGUUUUUGGUUACCGAUCGUGGAAAAGAAUUUGAAAGUUCGAUUUGGCCAAUGUUGGACAGAUGGGGAGUUAUGCCUGUUCAAGUCGAUGGACCCCAUAAAGCAUCUUUAGCUGAACGUGUUAUACGAACGCUUGAAGAACGCCUUGAAAAAUAUUUCUUUAAAAAAGGACGUCGACAAUGGUAUAAAAUACUACAAGAUAUUGCCAAUGCUUACAACAAUACCGUUCACAAUGCAAUCGGAAUGAAACCAGCUGAUGUCACUCGUGAUAAUGCAAGACAACUGUUUGACUUUAUGGAGCAGAAGCGUAACCAAAUCGCGCGAGAGCGAAAGACAAAAUUCGACGUUGGCGAUAUUGUUCGAAUCCCGUUUAAUCGUGACAAGCAGACAACAUUCGUCAAAGGCGCCCGAGCAAAUUGGGAAAGUGAUUUUUAUCAAAUUGAUGAGAUUCUCUUUGGCACUCAUGUGCCUACCUUUUUUAUUGUUAAACUUAAAACUGGAAAACGUGUUGCUCGUCGAUUCUAUGAGAAAGAAUUGAAUCUUGUUAUCAAACUGUCAGAAUUUAUCGAUGCUUAA